AUGGCUUCUGAAUCCGGAGAUCCUUAUAUCGGGAGCACCAUAACCCUAAUCUCCAAGUACGAAAUCCGUUACGAAGGGAUCCUCUACGUCCUCAGCGUCCAAGACUCCACCAUUGGCCUCAGAAAUGUUAAGUCAUAUGGAACAGAGGGGCGUAAGAAGGAUGGCCCACAAGUUCCUCCAAUUGAUAAGGUGUUUGACUACAUUCUGUUUAGAGGAAGCGACAUUAAGGAUUUGAAAGUUAAGUCUCCCGCACCUGCACAAAAAGAACAGAUUCACAAUGAUGAUCCUGCCAUUAUACAGUCACACUAUACCGGGGCACCUGCAAGUUCUCCACGGUCAGCACUUGUUGGUGGUAAAAGUUUGUCCGAAAUAACUCGGUGGCAGGAUACUCCUACUUUGAGUGGUAAAAGUAAUACCAAUGUGUUACCUUCAUAUCAUUCUACAACUGAAGUGGGUCCAUCAGGGCAUUCUUUUUCUACUCAAAUUGCCACUCCUCCAGCACUUUCUUUGCCUCUCUAUUGGCAAGGAAACAACGGGGCCUCACUAAGUAUGUCUCAACAGCCACAAACCCAGUCUGCAGUCUUACACCAGAAUAAGGCUCCUGAAAGUCAGGCAUCUAUAGCUAUUGGCUUGGCAGAUACUUCAGCUCGUGUUGCCCCUGCAAUCUCAUCUUCUACAUCAACUUCUGUAAAUCCAAAAUUUCCUCCCUCGCUUACUUCUGUAAACUACUCUUCUGCUCUUGAUAUGCCUUCAUCCUUGGCCACACAGAUAUCUUUACCAUCUCAUUCUACACCUGUGAAUGCUAGUCAACUAAAUAUGCCUUUCUUUCUUUCACCUGGCCAAGACUGGAAUACAAGGGAAACACAAUAUUAUAGUAAAGCCACUUCUGAUUCAAUACCAGUUCUUCCUGUGCAGUCCAUGCCUUACCCUGCAUCGUCUUCUAUGGUUUCCGAUGCAGGUCCUUUGGUAGCACCACCUCCAUCUUUGAUAACUCCUGACCAAUUGGCACAAUAUAGAUCACACAUACUAUCUCCCUUGCAAAAGCUCUAUCUUGAUCAGAAGAAUAUCGGUGCUAUGAUACCAACACCACCUCAAAUUUCUUCCUCCGUUCCUCCUGUCACUCAAGCACCAUUGUUACCGUUGCCUACACCACAGUCUCAGUACUCGACUAGUCAGUUCAGUGAGGAGUUUGAUUUUCUAGCCAUGAAUGAGAAGUUUAAGAAGGAUGAAGUAUGGGGCUACCUUGGAAAGGAAAAACAAAGGGAUGAAACAGAGAAGGCGGAUGACAGUGGAACUGGUCAAAACUUGGAUGAAAAAGAAGGUUCCACAAAGACUGCAUAUAACAAGGAUGAGUUCUUUGACACAAUUUCAUGUAAUUCUCUCAACCGUGGAGCAAGAAACGGACAUAGGUUUUCUGAGAGAAUGAGAACAGAUAGUGAGGCAUUUGGCAAUUUCCAGCAGAGAUCCAAUCAUGGUUAUGAUGGCUAUGGACCUGGGCGUGGUGGUAAUUAUCGGGGCUCAUAUCAGUCAGGAAGGGGUUACGGUUAUGGUGGUAGGGGACGUGGUGGUAACAUGCCCAAGUGGUGGUAAAACGUCAUUCUGAUGGCAAUCAUGUUUCAUUGUUCACUCAAGGUCCAUGGCAGCUUUCAUUAGAGCUCUCUCUUUCCUUUUAUUUCCUGAAUAUUGACUGUGUGGUGACUGUAUCUCUGAGGUAAUGUUGUGGACAUCUUAGUGCAUCCUCGCGUUCUUGUAAGGAUUCUUAGGACUACGAGUUGGGUUGGUUCAUGCUUAUUUUUGUGCCCAUGAGCUGGCUUUGGCCAUUUGCAUUUGUUUCAUACAAAUACGGUCCAUGAUGCAAUAUUGGU